GCACAAUGGAUUGAUUUGAGCAAUGGUGUUGGAUCAAUAUUGUGAUAUUCUUGCACGCUAUAUUAAAAUAGGGUUUCCAACACACUAUUCGAUACUACUUUCAAGAUGAAAUACGUGGUCACGUAUUUGUCAAGUAUUAUGCGAUUGUAGGAGGAUUAAACUCGUUGUUACAUACGAAUUACAAAAGUCAUCAACCUAUGCACCUUUGAACCGGAAGUAAAUACUGAUUGGAUACCAAUGUCUUCGGAUUAGAGGUUGAAUUAAGUUCCUGCCUUCGAUUAAAAAUGGAAUACAGACAGCAUGAAAACACAUACCUCGGCAGUCUAACGAUAAUUUACAUUAUUGCUGUGGUACUUCAAGUUCUAAGUUUGGGAUCAGUGUGCUCUGGAAUCACAUGUCAGUACUGCGAUAAUGUUCCAUCGCUAGAAGAAUGUGAUUCAACACGGGAAUGUGCGUCAAAUGAGAUCUGUAGAACCGAAAUCCGGAUUCAUUCUUUAACCUCGACCACGUAUCGAAUGGACUGUCAGCAAGAUCAAGCGUGCCUCAACGAACAGGGCAUUUACGAAUCUCAAUGCACAGGCAAUACCGGGUCUAUUUGUGUGACCUGCUGUAAUACGGACCUCUGCAACGCCCCAUCUGCCAAUGCCGGCACUAACCAGCCCACAACUGCAGAUGCAACAACAACACAAGGAACCAUCGCCGUCCCGGAACCAGCGACAACUGUAACAGACACAGCGACAACAGAUGUUACAACGACACAACCUCCCACAACGUUAACAGCUCGUUCGAGUUCAACACACCUUAGCUCAUCACUCUACAAACUCUACAGCUCAGCACGAAAGAUCAAACCUCAGCACGUCUUAAGUACGAGUGAACCAGGCUCUGUCAUCACAUGCGCAAUGACCUGCGCACAUACGCCAAGUUGUCAGUCAUUUGGAUACAACAAUGAAGAUGGAUUGUGCUAUACAGUUGGAUCCCCUUCAGAUGAACUAACAUUUAGUAUCGCAGAAAAAUGUAACCAUUACAUCCUAGAAAUUUGAAAACAUGUCGAAAAAGGGAUAGUGAUUUAUAUUUGAGAGACAAUAAAAUGGCAUUUCCAAUUGGAAUUGGUGGUAUGGGGAGGGGGCGGCGUAUAAACGAGUUACGUCUAUCUGUCAAGAACGAAUGGUUGGAAACGAGUGUGGGACAUUUUAAGAAUGAUUACAAUUAUUGACUGACCUUGCUUUGUAUGACUAAGGAAUACUAACAUGUACAAGUUUUGUUUUGUCCUUGUUUUGGGUUUUUUUUUGCUUCUGAAAUAAUAAUCUGGUCAGAAAAGUUACUGAUUUCGAUUUCUCAUCAUAUAUAACUAAUGACGAACAGAAGUGUUGCAAUAAUAAGACACAGCUGCCUUACAUCAAUGCUAUGACAAAAGUCAGUAUGAAAAAAAAACAUUGCUCGAGGUAAUGGUCGUUUAUAAUAGUCACUAGCAUAUCCUGAUUUCUCUGGGUUUAGUUUGAAAUAUUGAUGUCUUCUAAGUGUCACCAAUAUCUCAAAUGGUUAUUACCAUUUUCAGUUUUCAUUAUUCUGAAUCAUCUGACUGGUAGAUGAAUUUAAUUUGUUACAUAUA